AUGAUAAUUGGGGAUGCCGCCUACAAAUUUAAUCCUAUAAGUGGCCACGGCAGAAAUAGCGCAAUUGAAGACGCCGCCAUUCUCGCGGAUCAACUUCACGCCCUCUACAGCAACAAAGCAAAGAGCCACAUGAGCGAAGAUUUCGCGAAAGCCUUUAAGGAAACCUAG